UCCACCAUCUUUUGGUGCAUCCUCUCUCUCUCUCUCUCUCGACACCCCGUUUUAUCUGUUCUUCCAACUCGCUUUUGCACACCCUCCAUCUGCUGUUGCCUCUUAAUCCCACGACUUCGACAGGGAGGCAAAAAAGGAGGAACAGCCGCGAGCGGAGGGCGGGGCCGAGCAUUUGCGGGGAUCAAAAGAUCAAGAGUUCUGCUUGCGGACGAUGGCGUCUUCGUCGGCCCAGGUCCCGCUCUCGUCCUCCUCGGCGUCCGCAUCGCCGUCGGCGACGAGCUCGCCGUGCGCCGCCUGCAAGUUCCUCCGCCGCAAGUGCCAGCCCGACUGCGUGUUCGCGCCCUACUUCCCGCCGGACCAGCCGCAGAAGUUCGUGCACGUGCACCGUGUCUUCGGCGCCAGCAACGUCACCAAGCUCCUCAACGAGCUGCACCCUUACCAGCGCGAGGACGCCGUCAACUCGCUCGCGUACGAGGCCGACAUGCGGCUCCGAGACCCCGUCUACGGGUGCGUCGGCGUCAUCUCCAUCCUCCAGCACCAGCUGCGGCAGCUCCAGAUGGACCUCUCCUUCGCCAAGUCCGAGCUCUCCAAGUACCAGUCCGCUGCAGCCGUGGCCGCGGCCGCCGCGGCUUCCACCACCGGCCUCGGUGCAACGACCCCAGCGGCCGCCGCCGCCAGGGGGCAUGGCUACAUCGUACCCGGGUUCGGGUUGGGGCGGGAUCAGUGCUUCCCGGCUGCUGCGAGGGAUCCAAGCCACAGCCAGCAGAUGAUGAUGAGGAACUACGACGCAGAUCUGGCGGCGAGGCUGGGUGCCAACGGCGCAUACGAUGCAGGGCUGGCGGCUGCGGCCAUGAACGCGACGACGGCGGCCACGAUUGGGCUGUUCGGUGGGCAGUUCCCCAGACCCAGCGCGGCCGGCGGGGAUGAGCGAUCAGGCAUCGGUCCUUUGUAGAGACCUCAAGCAGGUCAAAGAACUGGAGAACAAUGAAACUGAGGUAGAAGCAUAUCCUGGGAGUCUUAGCUUUUGACAACCAGUCAAAACUACAAAGAAAAGUUGUGGCUUCCUUCCUUCAACGCAAAGUCGGACCAUUUCUAUCGCUUGAUCCUGAUAUGUAACAAUGCUAGUCUUUCUAUGAUCUCCUGUUGCAGUUUCCUGACUUUUGGAUACUGAUACAUCAAUUUUUAUUGCACUGUUCUUAAUUAGAUAACCAAAUUGUUAC